GACUCGCCCGCCGUACCUGUUUGAGCUUGUUGGGGAUACAACACAUAAAUUGCACAACGUUUACAGCCAGAAGGCAAAGAUGUCGGGUCGAGGGGGAAAGAAGAAACAGAAGAUCUUGUCGCGAUCUGCUCGAUCGGGGGUUUUAUUCCCCGUGGCAAGGAUGCUCCGCUACAUGAGACGGGACACACAUCACUUCCGCAUCGGGUCGGGAGCUCCAGUGUACAUGGCGGCUGUCAUUGAGUAUCUGACCGCUGAGAUUCUCGAACUUGCUGGAAAUGCUGCACGUGAUAACAAGAAAAGUCGUGUAACUCCAAGACACAUCCUACUGGCUAUAGCCAAUGACGAGGAGCUGCAUAGAUUACUAAAACAUGUUACAAUUGCCUCUGGUGGAGUGCUGCCGAAGAUCCACCCGGAAUUGAUAGGACGGAAGAAAGGUUCACGUUUCCCCAAUGCGCCUACACCAUUUACCGUUCCAGUAAGCAAAGUUAAAGCAGAUGUCAAAGCCAACUCGCCGAAAACAACAGUGAAGAAAGGAGGCAAAAAAGUAGCCAAUGCCACACCACCUAAACCAUCAUUAGGAAAGAGAACUAGCAGUGCUCGUGAUGGGUCUGAUCUUAAAUCUCUGGGGACAAUCACAGGAGGUUUCACCAUCCUUGGAGAAAAAAAACUAUUUCUAGGUCAAAAGAUGAUGGUGUUACAAGGUGAUAUUGUAAAAGUUACUGCUGAUGCUAUUGUCAAUCCAACCAACUCAAACUAUAACAUGGGAGGUGAAGUAGGUUCAGCACUGCAGAAAGCUGGAGGUAAAGAAUUUCAACAAGAGAUUGAGAAUCUGCAGAACACUAACGGUGCUCUGGACACAUCUGGAGCGGUGAUGACUUUGGCUCACCAUAUUCCGGCCAAGUUUGUAAUUCACUGCUACGGACCCACGUGGAAGAUGACUAAUGCUCAAGAACUCCUGGAAACCACAGUUAAAAACUGCCUCGUUCUCGCAGACGGGAAGAAUUUAAAAACAGUAGCACUGCCAUCUAUAGGAAGUGGACGAGCUGGAUUUCCGAAGCAGGCAGCAGCUCAGAUUAUUCUCCGAGCAAUCAGCAGUUACUUCACGACAGUCGUAACGAGUUCCCUCAAACAGAUAUACUUCGUCCUCUUUGAUAUGGAGAGUAUCGCGGUGUACACUAGUGAACUAGCCCGACUCGACUCCUAGGUGUGCGUGGAAUCCAUUACCAUCAAUCUCUGUAUGUCUCUUAUUACCUCUUAUUAAAGGUACAUGUUCCACUGAAUUUUUGGUUUUGAGAAAGUGUGUACUGUAGAGGAGAAAUCAAAAUAUUAACAAUAGUACAUUACAAGCAAUAAUUAAAAUUAUAGCCAUGUCAGAAAGCGAAAUGUGGGCAUUAGAAUGUUAAACUAUACAUCCGAAACUUAAUUUUAAAAAAUAUUGUAAGUUUACUUUUAUAAUUAGCAUUUAUAUCUGUCAUACGUUUAUAUGUACAAGCAUUUACUAUAGAUUUCACACACCAAAUAAUGUCAUUAUAAAAAGAUAAUCAUGGUUAAGACCACAAAAUUAAAUGUAUGUAUAGUUUGAACUGUAUUAUUUAUUAAUUUUAUGGUUAUUGGAAUUGUUUUUCAGUCAUUGACAUUUAUAUACAAAUCUAGAUUUACAAUGUUUUGUGGUCCCAUAUGUUCAAAAUGUAACUAUCAGUGCCAUUACUUUCUGUAAAAGUCUGAAUGCCCUGGACUCGGUCAUCACGAGUUUGGGCCCAGUGUGGACAUGCCUGAACCCUUAAGUGGAUAUGGGCAUGGUAACAAGAUUGUUUCAGGGGUUCAUACAGGUCAAGAAUAUCCUAGAAAAUUAUGGAUUAAGCAAAUCGUUGCUAAACUAAGAAAACCGUAUACCUGUAUUUUUGAUUUUCCGUAACAUGAAGAAUAAAACCAUUAGUUUUCAUGUUUAGUUCUAAAGGUUCAUACGGGUCAUGAAAAUCCUGAAAAGUUAUGGAUUGAGCAAAUCGUCGCUGAUCUAAGAAAACCAUGUAUCAGCAUUUUUAAUGUUUGUUUUAGGAACAUGAAGAAUAAAACCUUUAUUUUUCAUGUUAUAGUUCUUACGAGCAUUCUUACACUGAAUCAGCUUGUGACAAAAAGUUUUUGUUAUCUCUUAAAAAACAUUUUAAAAAUGCAAAUACAAGAUCAUGGAAAAUGCCUUUAAAAGUCUUGGAAUUUGCUUGACAACAAAGUGUAUGAACUCUGUGUUUUGUUUUAAAAGUCACCAGUAGCCAGAAAUAAUGUACAGUGUUGUAGUUAGGAACAUGUACCUUUAAUUAUCACGUUUGUACUACAUCGGUCUGCAUGUGUGAAAUAGAUGUGAAUCAUGGACAUUUUUAAUUCACUUUUUAUUAUAAUUAUAUUGUUUUUCAUGAUAAUCAUUUUUGAGGCAGCCAUACGUGUGCGUCCUACAGUGGCAGAUGUUAGAUGCAAGGAAUUUCAUGUUUAAUACUCGACCUAGAAUGUGGAGAUAAAUUUCAUUACUGCUUACAUUUUUGUAUGGAAAAUGCAUCCCAAAGCUAAUAUAAAGACGUGAACUAUUAACUUUAAAGAACCUGGUUUUGUUUGCUUAUACCCCAUGACUGGUAUGUCAAAGGCCUUAGUAUAUGGUGUCCUAUCUGUAGGUAAGUGCAUAUAAAAGUCCCUUGCUGUUAAUGGAAAAUGUAGCGAGUUUCCUCUAAAGACUACGUGUCCUUGUUAACAAAUGUUUGACAUCCAGUUCUGAUUAUUAAUAAAUCGAUGUGCUCAAGUAUGUGCUUAUAAAACUGUUUAUAACUUUUAAAAUCAUAUCAGUGUCUCUGAGACAUUUGAAUGUUCAAGACGUUAACAAGUACCAGUAACUCUAAACUGUGCCUCUUCACAAUGUUUGUAAUAGUGUUGCAAGCUACUUUCCUCGGUAAAGUAUUACAUCAUUAUGCUUAAAGUUCAAAACAAAUUUAAUUAAUUUUAAUACUUAUCAGGUGCAUAGCACGAUCAAACAUAUCUGGGUCUGUGCUUAUUAAAAUUAUAGAGUCCAGACUCAAUCUUUAAUGACGUCACACACACACACAGUUUGUAUGGCGUUGUCAUGACAUUAGUGUCUCAGACUCUUAUUAGAGUCUCAAGUCUUGACUCUAAAGGUUUUAUAAGCACCAGGCCAGGUCAGUUAUUGGUUGUUUUCAUGUUGGCGAAUGUGGAGGUGAAUGUUUGCUGGUAAUUUUAAUUUAUUUCCUAUUUUUAAAAGCUUGAGAGUGACUUGACUUCAUACAUUUUAUCAGUAAUACCAAGUGAUGUAAGCACAGGACUUAAUUGUUUUGUUGUUUAGUGAGGUACUUAGUUUUGUUUUUGUUUGUUUUUUGGUUGGGGGAGGGGUAUGAUAUUUAACAUGAGAUUUCUUGUAUCUACGAAAGCCAUCUUGUGACUCUGGUACAGUUUGAUAAAGGAAUACUGUAAUAACAGCAACUAGCAUACGGUUUUGGUGAUGUAUAUUGGUCAAUGUUCAUGUGAAUCUGUAUUGACUUAGAAGUUAGAUCAAAUUGUUUAAGGGACACUUGUCCACAGUAAUCUUGCUGACGUGUAAAAAUUGCCUCAGCUCUUUAUUUUUCUCUCACACAUACCUUUUACUUCUUGUUUCCAUCCUUAUUCAAAUAUAUAUUAUUAUAUUAACAAAAUCUCCAUCAACCAGUAUAGGCCUACUUUCUAAAGUGCGAAUAAGGUUACAAUUAUUUAUAUUUUUUACAUUUAUUCUGUUAAUCUUUAUUAUAGGGAUAUGCAUUAUUCACAUAGGUAUUAAUUUUAAAGAACCUAUUCAAAUGGGAAGCCGGUAUAUGAUAGAAUGGUAAUGGUAAGAAUACUUAUUAAUGAUAAUGCAAAAAAGAAAAUAUCUUUAAAUUAAGUACUACAUAAAUUUUAUUCUACAUGGAGGUAGAUUUUGUUGUUGUUUUCUCUGGUUAUGUAUAUUUCCUAGACAAAGUCUAGUUGUUAUUUUUUAAAAUUAGGAAGCUUUAAAAAAAAAAAAAAAAAUCCAGAAUAACUAAGCAUAAUCAUUUGUGAAUAAAAAUUCAGUUAAAUUUAAGAAACUGGAAAUGAUUGUCCUCUCUCUCUGCUUAUUUUAUUUGUUUAUUAUUUUUUAAUUCUAAACUAAUCUAAUUAGUCUUUGUUCUGUUUGUUUAAAAUUAAGUGUGCCAUAUUAAUACAGAAAGCAAACAUUACUUCAUAUGAUUUACCUGUUGAACAAAGCCAAAGUUUGUGAGAUGGAAAGAACAUUUAUCAAAUUUCUGCAUAAAACACUAUAUGCAUAAUAAAAUUACUAUUUGUUUGUCUUUUUGAUACAUAAAAGCAAAUACCUUUUAAUGAUUGUCUGACAUACCUUUCUUUUUCAUAUCACAAUCAACUUAAUAUAAUAGGAUUCUAGCAUAAUUCAUGAUUUUUUUAUUAUUAUUAUUUUCUUGUUUUAUUUUGAAAUAUGACUUGAUAUUUCUUUCUUAAAUUCUGGAAUUAAGGGCAUAAAAUUGCAUCCAUUGCAUUUUAUUCUGAAUAUGGAAUUUUUAUAUUUUGGAAUAUAUUUUCAUCUGUUAUAAUGUUAUUCUCAAACAUUGAUUACUAUUAUCAUAACAUCAUUUUUCUUGUGUCUUUUUAAGCAUUUCUUCUAAAACAUUUGGCUUCAACUGCAAUUUUUAUAAUAUUUUACAGGAUAAAGUAACGUUAAGAGAAGUGUUUGUUCAGAACUUUUUGUGAAAUAUAUACUUGAGUAAAAAGAUCAUGAACUUAAUAAAUUUGUUUUAUGAGAAUUGUUAUAGAUCUAUCUAUAAUUGUUUUAUGUCAUCAUAUGUUUGAAUGUUAAAAAAGAAAACGAAAGUUGAAUAUUCUAAAUAUUUAAAAUGUUUUAAGUGUAUUUUAAGGGGUUUUUUAUUUGUGAAAUGUUAAAAGAACAUUUAUCCUGAAAAGUGUUUUAUGUUCUUUCUUCUUUUUAAAUUUUUUUUGUUUGUUUAAUAUAUUUGUUGAAUAUUAUAUGAAAUUGUAUUUAUUUCAAACCAUUGUCUUGGGGUUUUUUGGCAUUAUGUAAUUGAUCAAUCUUAUUUAAAAUGAUUGCAUGAUAUUGUGCAAUUCAGUUUUAGAGAGUAACCUAUGAAAUUAUAAGACAUUUUUCAGUAAAGAUGGAAAUACAUAUAUAGAUAUAUCUUUAAAAAAGGGAAUUGCACACUAUAUAAGGUUAUGGGGGUUGUUUAGAUACUUUUAAGUCAUGCAUCCUGUAAUAUAUUACGUUACCGACUGUUGCAAUAAGCUUGUUAAUAUUUAUUUUGUUUUGUUUGCAGUACUUGUUAUGUUAGUUAUCUCCAGUAUAGAGAAAUAUAGGAAAAUUCCUAAAGGUGUUUUCACAUGCUGUGACUUAAACUGUUGAUUUAUUAAAGGCAUACUGUAUGGUACUCCUGCUUGAAAAGUAUAGGGCCAAAUUUACGAAGCCUGUUUUUCUUAAACACCAAUGUUUGAUCAUUGUAAAUUCAGCCCAAUGUUUCUUGUAUAAAAUGUUCAUCACUGUACAUUCAGUGUGUUUGUGAUUGAUUUUUUCUUGAAAUAUUCAUCCCUAAUGGUUUAAUACUGAUACUGAACUCAAAAUGUCAUAAUACAUUGCAUAGACAAAUCCAGUAGACAUCAUAUUUCAUGAAAGCAAUACACACUAUUUUCACAUUGUCUGGACAUACCUUAAGAGAGGCAGUUGAUGUUUUGUUUGACAUGUAACAUUUCAGAAUUUGUUUAGAUGUGGCCAGUUGUUUCCCCAUUCACCAAAAACCACUUCUUAACAAUAUUGUUGUCAUUUAUAGUUAUGUACUGAAUUUAGGAAUACUAGAGAUAAACUUUAUUUGAUUGUUUUUCAAUUAGCUUUAUGUGAUAAUACUGUUGUAAUGUAUUUUAACCGGGAAGAUAGUUGAAGAAUAAAACGAAACAAGAAUGGAUUAUAUGUAGUCAUUAGAGAGUGUCCAUUUUAAUUUUAACAUUUACUCCAAUCAUUAAUAUAUUUGUGAUAUUGUCAACAGUUAGAAGCAUAGAAACUUGGACAAUUUAUAUGUAAAAUGACUUUAACCUUACAAAAGCUAGACUUCCUUAUUACAUUUGGUUACAGUACUGGUGUAUUUGGAAAUUACGUUUUUGUGAAGAUGAGUUUUGUAACAGAAAUUCUUCUUCUUUUUUAUUGUCCAUUUAAAUAGUAGCUUUAAGUUAAUAUAGAUUUUAAAUUUCAAAACUUUGCAUCAUUCUGUGAUAUUUAAUUUGCAUGGCUUAUUUAGAUUACCAAAUUUAUCUAAUAGUGUUACUAGGUUUUUUCAUCACCCUUCCUCCUAAAAAAUUUUUUUUAAAUCCCACGAUUCUUGAUUAUGAUGUAUGUACCAUGUAUGUACCAAACACAUGAAUACACAGAGUGGUUAUAGGUAGGUGGGUUUUCAUCCAUUCUAAGGUACCAGUUAUACACGAGCAUUUAUCCUUAAUCAUACAGUAACAGGCAAAUUCAUGUCACCAUGGAUCAUUUAACAUUUUAAUAGAGAAAUUGAUAAGGAAAGACUCAGGAAUGACAAGGGACCUUGUAAUAACAGUAUGUUUCUGGGGUAUUUUUCGAUUUUAAACUACAGUAAAAGAUUUUUUCUGAUAGUUGGUGGAGAAGUUUUAUUCUUAUUUGCUUGUUGUAGCUUGGUGUUUUUCAUCCGAGGGUUGGAGAUUGUUGAUUGUUAGAUAUUUACUUGGCUGUGGUCUUUGUGUAACGUGUAUGGUUGCUGUUUCAUCAAAAUAAAAAUCUACAAAAACUAAAA